GAAGUCUACUAUUGUAAAAUAAUUAAAUAAUAAAGCAUCACAUAAUUAUACAAAGAAAGGAGAAUUAAGAACUGGUAAGAAAGAGAAAUUCCAUGGCAGCAACCAAGUUUCAAGCUUUCUUGAACCACCCUGCUGGUCCAAAAACAAUUCAUUUUUGGGCACCUGCCUUUAAAUGGGGGGUAACUAUAGCUAACGUUGUUGAUUAUGCAAAGCCAGCUGAUCAAAUUUCCUAUCCACAACAAGCAGCCAUAGUUACAAGUGGAGCUAUAUGGGCUAAAUACAGCACUGUAAUCACACCGAAAAAUUGGUCACUAUUUUCUGUGAGUGUUGCAAUGGUGGUAACAGGAGCAUAUCAACUAAUUCGCAAAUAUGAGCAUGAUAGUCUCCAACAACAAGAAAAUAUUGUUCUCAAAGAAGCUUAAGCAGUAUGAAGACCCUCAUUGUUGUUAAAACUAUAAGAAGUUGCAUAAUUACUUGAAUAGUUCAUCUUGGUCUAAUGACUCAUACAAUUAUUAAGCAGGUCAUGUAAUAUAUAAUGUACUUAUUUGUUGAUGUUCUUGAUCUAUCAAUUUCGAUUCCGAAAUAUUUUAUAAA